CCCCUUUUUCUCCGGCGACGGCCAAUCAUCGUCAACCGCCGGCGAAAACUUCAGAUUCGUGAAGCUGAUUGAUUCAUUGUGCGAUUAAGAUGGGUGUAGAUUACUACAAUAUACUCAAGGUAAACCACAACGCGACGGAGGAUGAUCUCAAGAAAGCUUAUAAGCGUCUCGCCAUGAUUUGGCAUCCCGAUAAGAAUCCAUCGACACGUCGAGACGAAGCAGAAGCCAAAUUCAAACGGAUCUCCGAAGCUUACGACGUUCUUUCCGAUCCUCAGAAACGUCAGAUCUACGAUCUUUACGGAGAGGAAGGUCUCAAAUCUGGCAAAAUCCCUAAUUCUUCUUCAUCGGAGGCUUCUUCAUCUUCUUCUUCUUCCUCGAGAUAUUCGCAUUUUCAUCAGCAUAGGCCGCAGCAUCCGCCUAACGCUGCGUCGUUUCGUUUUAACCCUAGAAAUGCGGAGGAUAUCUAUGCUGAGAUCUUUGGAUCUGAAAAUGGAGGAGGAGGUAAUGGUGGUGGGAGAGGAAACAGAACGUUUAGGAAUGGUCAUUUCAACACCGGUGGUGCUAAUGGUUAUAGCGGUGAGUUGAGGAAAGUUCCAGCUGUGGAGAAUCCAUUACCUGUGAGUUUAGAGGAUCUUUAUAAAGGUGUGACGAAGAAGAUGCGUUUAUCUAGAAAUGUCUACGAUGCUUCUGGAAGAAGGACGGUCAAAGAGGAGAUAUUGCCUAUAGAUAUAAAACCUGGUUGGAAGAAAGGUACGAAGCUGACAUUCCCUAAGAAAGGCAAUGAAGAGCCUGGAAUCAUACCAGCAGAUAUUAUUUUCGUGGUUGAAGAGAAGCCACAUCCUGUUUACACGAGAGAUGGAAACGACCUUUUGGUUAAUCAGGAGAUAACUUUACUUGAAGCCUUAACUGGUAAGACCGUCAACCUGAUCACGCUUGAUGGAAGGACUCUCAUGAUCCCAUUAACUGAGAUCAUCAAACCUGAUCAUGAGAUUGUUGUUCCAAACGAAGGAAUGCCAAUCUCUAAAGAACCCGGAAAAAAAGGCAACCUGAAAUUGAAGCUUAGUGUGAAAUACCCGUCGAGGCUCACAGGGGAACAGAAAUCCGAGCUGAAGAGAGUUCUUGGUGGGGUCUCAUGAAGAACUCAAUGAUGAAUGUAGAUAGCAAAAGUAGAGGAGAUGAUAGAUUGUGAAUGGUAGGAGGGAUUCUUCUAAGGAGGCUUGGAUUUGAGAGCCGAAGAACAAACACAAGCUUUGCUUCUGUCUUUUUACUUCUCUUGUUUGAAAUUAGACUUUUUCCCCUUUGUUUAAUUAUUUCAUUGAUUUGAUUUGAUUUCGUUGCCUUCUAAUGUGUAGACAGUGUACUCGUAUGCUCUGUUACAUACAGUAUUUAUCUUAUUUGAUAAAAUUCCUAUAUCCCC